AAAAAAUACUCGUGCUAAUACCGCGAAUUUAAUUAUAUUUAAUAGUUAAUGCUUAUUUCGGCAAGGCCGAACUUUUCAAACAUUCCUCCAUGAUGUGAAGAAAAUAUUUAUUAAUAAAUGUAUCUGGAUUCAACAUUCGAACGAGUUCCAUUUUAACUGCAAAUAUCAGUGAAUUCCGCUGGCGAAAUCUGGUAGUAUGGCAAAACAUUCAACGAACAGGAAAUUGCGUCGAUUUAUCCAUAUUUUUCAACUGAAUUCUCUUAAAAUAGGCACAUUCUCUGACCGAUAUUUGUCUAUGUACACUGAGGGAAAAAUCCCGUUGCGAAAUCAAGCACGUAUGUUGUCAUUUUCGCAACGACCCGUUGUUAUAUUUUUCAACAACGGCUGUUGGUGAAUUGUGCACGAACGUGCUCAAAUUGACACCGAGACGUAGUCAACUUUCGGUACCAACAACAGCCGUGCUUAAUUUGUCCACCGAUGUGCUCAAAAUGACAACUUUGGGUUUUUAAUAUUGGUAAUUGCAGCCGAUUACACACGAGUAAAAAAUGACAACGGUGGUGCAUGAUUCACACACGGUCGUUGUCAAUAUGACACCGGUCGUGUAUGAAUUAUGCACCACCACCUGCAUAAUGAUGCACCACCGUUGUUACUUUGUACACCGACGUGCAUGAAUCGUACACGAUCGUUGCCAUUUUAGCAACUACCGUGUAUGAAUCAUGCACCACCGUUGUCAUUUUUUACUCGUGUGUAAUCGGCUGCAUAUUUACCAUUUUUUCCGUGUUAUUGAAAGAGAAAGGACGCAUUGUGCAAAAAAUUUAUUGAAAAUGAAUAAUAAUUCGCAAGAUCCUCAAAAUAUCAUUGGUGAGUUGUUAGAAAUCGAUGGCAAUAUUGUUGUGGUUCGCGAUACAAACCAUUGCAGCAGUCAAGAUGCGGAAAACAAUGAGGACGAUUAUAUGUUAAGGGAGUUCUUAAAAGGAAUAAAUAUGGAGUCGCUUUUUGAACAAUUAAAAGCAUCACAUGUAACAUUUCGCAGUUUGCAGUACUUGAAAAAAGAAGAUUUAAAGGAAGCAGUGCCACCAUUGGGACUGCGAGUUGAAUUCAGAGAAAAGCUCUUUGCUUGGAAAAAACGAAAGCUCGGGAUUGAUGACGAAACUAUGUCAGUUCCAUCUAAAAUAGGUGAAUGGUGGAAACGCAACGAGACACCUGCAAGUACUCCUGGUACUCCCGACACUACAGGUUCGAACUGCUCAAAAGCCAAAGGAAUUUUGUCAGAGGAUCUAACGGAAUUGUUAACACAUACCUCGAAGGGGAAACUAGCGCUUGAAUGUAGUAGCGUUAAUAAGAAAUUAAGUGACGAGCAAAGAGAUGAUAUAAUUAAUAUAAUUAUUGAAGAUAUUUUAACCAACAAUGUUACUCUUUACACUCAAGACUAUAUGCGCAUAUUGGAUGAAAUUUGUUCCGUUUUUCCUCUUGAAAACGAAAUGAGGGUAAGAUUAACAACGACAACAAUAUAAACAACGUAUCUGAUUAUGUAGUUUCUUAACUUAUAAUAUGUCUUUAUUUUUAGGAUUAUUAUUACAUUUCAAGAAAAGGAAAGAACAACGCAAGCGGAAAACUUUAUGCCAAGUAUAGAAACAAGAAGUCCAAAAGAAUAAAGCUUUUGAUUUCCGAGCCUAGCACAAGCAAAGCAGCAACUCAC